AUGGCGCGCAUCACCCUUGACGUUUGCCACCCGCUGGCGGAGAUCCGGGAGCGCGCGCUCCGGAGCAUCCUGAGCAAGGUGGAGCACUGUUUGGUGAGCUGCGCCGACCUGGUGCAGGAGAAGCUGCUCUUCGUGAAUCUGCUGCGUUGGUUCAACUUCCCCACAGUCCCGCUGCAGCCCGAGGUGCUGGGCCUGCUCGCCCGGCUGGUGAAGUACCCGCCCGCUGUGCAGCAUUUGGUUGAUGUCGGUGCUGUCGAGUUCCUGGCGAAGCUUCGAGGUAACGUGUCAUCAGAUCUUCAAGCUGAGAUCGACGGGAUCCUGGAUGGGCUCUUCAUCCUCCCUCCAGAUGUGCCCGAGCUGUCUGCUGCCUCCUACCAUGCCACUCCGACAGACUUGCCCCAGCCUCAUAGAGCUGUACCCGGAUAUUUUCCCCAGGAGCAAGGUCGUCUCCCACGGAUGGAGGAGCCACCCCGACCAGCCGCCGGUCAGACUGGAAGGAGCUGGAAGUUCUCCGUGUUCCCGUGGCUGCCCCUGACCACGACUGACAGACACGUGCUCGCCUCCAAUGAAAGCUCUCUGAGAAGCAGUAACCACACUUUGAUCUGGAAUACCUGUGAACUCCUGAAGGAUGUCAUCAUGCAGGAUUUUCCUGCUGAGAUUUUCCUGCAACGGCCCAAGAUUGUCCAGAGCCUCCUGUCCCUGCUGCGAGUGGCUGUGGCAGGUGCUGGGAAGCAGGGCCUGGCCCUGCAGGCCGUGUCGUGCUUGCAGCAGCUCUGUGCCACCCUAAGGACAAGACUCGCCUGCCUUCGAGACCCCGGCUUCUUCUCCGGCAAACAAGACACCGUGUCACACAAUUCCUCCCUCUCAUACUCCCACGAGGCAAGACCGGCCCCGCACUCCCAGAGCCCAUCUCCACGCAGCAGCAGCCCGAGGCCAUCGGUGCUUGGCCGCCCAGGCCAGAGGCCCCGAGGGGACGGCCAGGACUGGGAUGCCGGCUCGUCCAGUGUUGGCAGCGGUGUUGCUCCUGGGGACUCCCGACUCUCCGUUCAUUCCCCCUUGGAGGUGACACGUGUGGAGUUGCCUGAGCUAGAGGCAGAGGACACCCCGGGGCUGCAGCUGCAGCAGCUGAGUCUCCCCCAGUUCUGCAUUUCCAUCCUUGAGACGGCCGUCCCACUGCUCCGGACUGGUAGCAGACAAGUAAUAAUCCGAGUUCUGGAAUUGCUGGCAGAGAACUUGAUACUUACUGGUGAAGCAAUUUCCGUGGCUAUCUGGGAAGACAACAGUCUGUUCGCUAUUGAUCUGAGAGAUCGGCUGCUGGUGGUGCUGGGCACCCUCGGGGACAUGGUGAGUCACCACCAGGCCAGCUGCAGCCUAGAGCAGCCCCCUGCAGUGUUGGUGCACCACCGAAUGGCCUUCAUCAGCCUCUCACUUUUUGCACUGCGGCUCCUGCAGACAGUGCUCCCCGUGGAGAAGGCAAGCCAGUUUUUACCGGAAUCCAUGUCGGCAGCAUUGUUCCUAAUCUCUUUGGACAUGCCUUUUUCUUUGGAAUAUCCAAACAUUCACGAGUCCGCGGUGGCCUAUUUGGAACAGCUGAAUUCUGACAGCCACAGCAUCUAUAAGCGAACUGCAGAGGCUGUUCAUUCCAUUGAGUGUGCCUGUAACUUCCUGACUGACGUGACCAAAGAGGGAGAAAAGAAUCUCUUGGAGUUGGUGGAGAUGGCAGACCAGGCCUUGCGGAGCUUUUCCUACCAUCAGCACUUCUGUCUCAUAAAGGAAAUCGUCUGCAUUUGUUCCAAGAUCUGGAAGUCAACACAGGCCAGCCCGGUCCUGCAGGGCGAGAGUCAGAAGGUCUUUCUCCGGCUGCUCUCGCACCCCUGGCUGCAAGUCAAGGUGGAGACUUACCACUACUGCCUGGAAAUGGUUCAGGACUGUUUGGGAAUCCAUAAUGUCAGUAAACCUGUGUCUUCACUUUGUACUGGGAUUCACUUUCUCCUUCAUCCAAAAGUUCUCUAUGAAAUUUCUGCAUUUGGCAUUCAAGAACCCAAAAAGGAGGGCUAUGCCGACCCCGAGGACCCUCUGGGCAGCUGUAUUCUCCUCCUCAGCAAGGGGACCUCGGAUGGGGGAGCAGGCGCCCUCCCCCCCACCAUCUGGCUCCAGUUCAUCCUGCGGCUCCUGUUGGUGAAGAAGUCACAGGUUCGUUUACUAGCGCUGAAGCAUCUAGCAGCUCAUCUUGCCACGGAAGAAGGGGCCGAGAGAAAGCGCCCUUCAAUCAAUGCCUGCAUUCUCUCCAGAGCCACUAAUCUGUUUCUGGUGAAGAACCCCAUUGAGCUCCAACUGGAUGAGGGGCGGGAGCUGAUGAUCAAGCUGGAGACGGUUGAGCGGGUCUACGAGAUUUUUGUCUCCAGCGACGUGGACCUUGUGCUGAGAAGGUCGGCUGCGGAGCAGUUGGCGGUGAUCAUGCAAGAUAUUAACAUGCAUGGCAUGGUGAAAAAGUUAUGCUUAAUCGACAAGAUAAUUGAGUAUUUGAAUAAAUGUGUGUGUCAGGAUGGCCAGGUGAUGGAGGCCUUGGUGCAGCCCAGCCUGGUGCUCCUGAGGAAGCUCCUGUGUGCCGAUGCGGCCGUGCGCACCUCCCUCGCCCAGCAGCCGCUGCUCCUGACGCUGCUGCUCCGUGUGUCCUUGAUUUUUCAUGAGGAUGGGACGGUUGUGACUGAGGUGGGAGCAGUGUUUUGCCUUCUGUUGUUUGAUGAAGUCUCAAGAAUGGACACGUGGUCCAUGGGUCCAUCCCCCACCACUGCCACCACACCGCCCUUCAGCUUACCUGUGUCUGUGUUUCGAAGGUUUCACCUGCCCAUCCGUGUGCUGGGCCAUCACGCCGUGAGCCCCUACGCCAUUGUGCUGCCCUUAUCUGCCGACUGCUUGGCCCUGAAGCCUGUCUCGGCCAUGCUGAGAAUAGCCUGGAACCUGGCAUGGUACCAUGGCAGUGAGGGUCUGCUGCAGCACCUGAGCGCCGAGACACAGGCCCAUGAGUUUCCCAGUGCCUUGUGGCUGUCUGAGCAGGACAUUCUGGCCCUUAGGACCACCCACACGUCCAGUGGGCUGCAAGACUGUGUCUGCGCCAUCACGCAGGCCGCGGCCCACAGGGAGGUGAGGGCUGCUGUCACCAGGAUGGGCUUCUACCUGCUCAAUGACAGGUGGGCUCCCAAGGAGGCCGGGGACCGCUGCGUGCUGGCCUUGAAGCCUCUGGCCUGGCACGUCCCCCUGAGCAGGUUCUUACAGGUGCUUCCUGCUUGUAUGGAGGAUGAGAAGCUGCUCCUAGACAUCCUGCAGUUUCUCACCAAGUUCCUGAAGGCCCAGAGGAAGCAUGCACCCCUGCAGCUGCUCACCUGGCUCCUGGAAUCAUUGCUGCGUCCUAGUCCAAACCCACUGUUAGACCUGCUGGUGCCUGCAGAGUCGGCGGAGCCCCCGGCCCAGGAAGAUGCAGGCGAUGCCCGGACACGCAGCGCCGUGCGGCAGCAGCUGCGGAAGGAGCUGAUCGCACUGUACAGCGCUCUGCUGCUCGGACCCGGGGUCGGGAUGGACAGAAAGUGCCUGGAGCUUCUCCGAGUCUUCCAGACGCAACUGGCCCUGAAGCUGCUGCAGUGCUUGAGGGUCACAGAUGCACCCCAUUUUUAUGGGCUGCCAGCUCUCGAGAGGACCCUGCGGGGGAUGGUGCACCUCACAGCCUCACCUGGCUGGAGCACACACUCGCCCCUCACACAACCCCUGGACAUCUGUGUCAAGUACUUGUCGGGGCUCCUUGAGGUCAUCACCUCCUUCUACGUGGAGCGUGGGGGAAAUGCCAUGUCCUUCAUGGGAAAGGGCGUCACCAAGAGCACUGUCCUUUGCUUGCUGCACUUGUCUCACGAGAUGCUGGCCCAAACCCCGAGCUCGGACUGGGUGUCUCUGUGGUUCCUGCCUCUAGGCGGUCAGAGAGAGGAUCCAGCCCUGAUCCAGCGUGGACUCACGUGGCUGAUCCCCUUGUGGGUGGACCGAGACCCCGAGGUCCGCUUCACUUCUCUGGGUCUGGGAGCUGCACUGACCACCCUGGAAGCUGGCUGUGUGGCCUUGGCAAGCAGCUGCCAGAACAUCUCUGGUGGGCUCUGGGGGACGGUGCUGAGCAUCCUGCUGGACCAGUCUGAGUGCAGCUUGGUUCGCCGGGAGGCUGCAUUUAUUCUGCAGAAUCUCCUUGUGCUUCCAAUGCCUUCAGAAACCGUAAAGGAUUAUACUUGGCAGGGCCCCUGUGUGCACGAUGAGGACUCGGGCCUGGCGCUGGUGGGGUUGCCGGCCCUGCAGGUGCUGCUGCGCCACUGCCGCUUCUAUGAGCACCUGGCCCACAUGCUGCAACAUCGCUUCCUGGGUUUGUCCACGCUGCCACCGCCGAGGCCCGCUGUGGACAGCACCUCGACAGGCCGUGACCCUGACGGUUUAGACGACUCGUUCAAGUUUUGGGGUACCCCGUCCCGGAUGUCCAUGCAUGACCAAGACCCCAGUUCUCUCUCCACCUCAGAAACAAUGGUGAGCCCUUCAUCAGGGGCUGCUGAGUUCCCGUCGCUCGUCCCCGCAGCGAUGCUUCUGCCUGACGACUCCCCUCUCCAGUUUGUGGCUCCAGGUCAGCUUGACGGGACGUCUCCCUGGCUGCCCCAUGAUUCCUUGCUCUCCGCACCACAGCCCAGACCCCGGGUACUCGUGACUCCGCCGCUGCUGUCAGCUGUGUGCAGCCUCCUGCAUAGCCUCAUGGCCGUGUCCCCGAGAGACACCGUGGAUGCAUUACGACAGGCCCGCCUGCUGGAGCUGCUGUGUGGGACAGUGGACACGGCCCUCAUUGAGUCCUGCGUCCGGGAGCUCAGGGCCUCUCCACAGUCCUGUCCAUCACUCGGACACACUCGGGCCCAGGCAUCCUUUCUCCUCGAGUUCCUGUCCUCUCUGUCCAGGCUUCUGCAGUCAUGUUUACUGGUGGACCCUGACCUUGUGGUGCAGGAAGAGCUCCUGCGACCCCUCAACUCAACCGUUGUGGGUGUCCUUGUCAUAGGCACCAAGGACAUCGCAGAUGCGGAGCUUGGACCUGCUUUCUACCAUGCAUGGACUCAGCUCUUGGAUCUUCUGGCCACACUCCUGCGGAAGGCGGGUGCCACCUCGCUCCUCACUGUUACCCAGGCCCUGGCCAAGCACUGGGCACCACUGGUUGAUAUGUUCUGCCACUGCAUAGGCUUGGCUGCCGACUGGCUCAGUCUGUCCACCGCGUGUCUGCAGUUCCUGACCGUGAUCUUCACUCGAGAAGCCCAGCGGCAUCUCCAGGGCCAGGACAGAGCUCCCGAGAGCCUCCCUGCCAGCGUCACCAUCACUGCCCUUCUCGAGGAGACCCAGGGAAGUGCAAGCCCAGCAGAACAGCUCAGUGGGGCGAUUCUGCAGUGCUAUGAAGGCAGAUGUUCCAAGGAUGGCCUGAGAAGAGUCGCCGCCGGAGCCCUGAUGUCUCUGCUGGCCGUGAGCAGGAAGGCGCAGGGACACGUGCUGAGAGCCGGUCUGGUCGACAGUUGCCUGGAGCAGAUGAUGAACAUCAAUGCACAACUCAACCUUGACUCUUUGCGACCCACGAAAGCUGCACUGAGGAAAAGGGACGAUGACAUCGUCAGAGAUUUGGGCACAAUCAUGCAGCUGUUGCGGAACUGCCUGUACCAGAACCAAGAGUGUAAAGAAGCCGCACUCCGUGCCCACCUUGUCCCAGUACUACAUGCACUCUGGCCCUGGCUCCUGAUGGAUGAUUCGCUGAUGCAGACGGCCCUGCAGCUCCUCUGUGUCUACACCGCCAGCUUCCCUAAUGGCUGCAGCUCCCUGUGCUGGUCUGCGUCUGGGCCGGCAGCCUGUAGAGGGUCGCCUGGAAGCUCUCUGAUGCAACGUCUCCUGAAGCUGGCUUCUCAGAUGCCCUUGGAGAACACCAUGGUGCAGCAGAUGGUCUUUGCGUUUCUUUCCAACCUGGCCUUGUCCCACGACUGUAAAGGAGUAAUUCAGAAAAGCAACUUCUUACAAAACUUCCUGUCGCUGACCUUGCCACGAGGUGGGACCCGCCCCCUUAGUGAGCUCACCAUGCUCUGGCUCAAGCUGCUACUCAACAUCUCACUGGCUGAGGAUGGGCAACAGAUGCUGCUGAGGCUCGAUGGCUGUCUCGAUGUCCUCACGGAGCUGAGCAGGUUCCAGCACAAGAGCAGCCCUGAUCUGCCUCUCCUCAUCUUCCACAACAUGUGCUUCAGCCCUGCCAGCAGGCCCAGAAUCUUGGCCAACGAAAAAGUCGUGCAGCUGCUGGCCGCUUGCUUGGAGAGCGAGCACCGACAUGUACAGAGGGUCGGCGCCUCGGCGCUCUGGGCUCUGCUCCACAAUUACCAGAAGGCCAAAUCAGCUUUGAAGAAUCCAUCAAUCAAACGAAGAGUGGACGAGGCUUAUUCCUCAGCAAAGAAAACACUUUCCCAGGCUGAAGAAACCCCUCUUGACGCCUAUUACUUGAAAUGUCUUGGCAGCGUCGCUCAGCUCCUAAAUUCUUCCUGACCCAUUGGAUGGGCAGGCCAAGGGAGCUGCCCCAGACAGGCCCUUCCCCACACACACAGGG